AGUACCGACAUCUAUAUUUAGUGACUCUUACUACUUUCACCAUAUUUGGGUGACAUCAUUACUUCCAAAAUAAUACGGGCAUUCUGCGCAAGAUGGCGCCCUCAAUAAUUUGCGGAAGUUGCUUAUUUAAAAUUGAAAGUAGACAAUAUCUUAAAUGUUUUUUCUGUUCUAAAUACUAUGACUUAACUUGUGCUAAUGUAAGCGAAAAACGAUUUUUCAAUACCAUGUCAUCUGAGCAUAAAAAGAACUGGAAAUGUAUUAAAUGUAUUAACAAUAAAGGUCUUAAGUCUGGUAAUUCACCUGCGACGCCACAAACCCUUACAGAUGAGCAUGAUGGAUCGAUUCAUUCUCCUAUAGUACCUACUCGAAACAUCAACAGGCCCAUAGCUAAUACUACCCAAUUUAAGAGCAAUAAAAAUCAACAAAUUACACCACCUAUGGCGCCCCCUAUACCUACUGAGCAACACACAUUAGAAACGAUAUUAUCUGAGAUACGUCUAAAUCGGGAAGAAAUGCAGGCCACUCGUACUGAAAUCCGCGAAUUGAGAAGUGCCUUCACUGCUGCAAUUGGAAACUGCAACCAGCGUAUCGACGAGCUCUUCUUGCGUGUGGAAGCUAUCGAAGCCGGUGCGCGGUUGCAGCGAGAAUCCCCAGCCGACAUGCCAGCCCCUACAUCCAGUGAAAUUUUAAAUUUAGAACAAACAAUUGCUACCUUGAAACUAGACAUCAAUGAUCGCGAUCAGCAGCUCUUAAACAACGAUAUAGAAAUAGCAGGUAUACCUGAAUAUCCGAACGAACUAGGUAUUCACAUGGCCAUUACUUUAUCAUCAAAACUGGGCAUCUCUCUGGAAGAGCGAGACAUAGUAAGCGUCGAACGCGCGGGACCCGUUAAGCCGGCGAGGCCCCUACAGCAGGACAGUGACAGCAAGCGUCCACGGCCUCUCGUCGUGAAGCUGGCACGCCGUGUCCUCCGCGAUCAGCUGUUGAAUGCAGCACGAGUACGCCGAGGGCUCUCUACGGCAGCUUUAGACUUCUCGACCACUUCUCCCAUCUAUAUCAACGAGCGACUUACCCGCACCAACCGACAACUCUUCUAUCAGGCCCGUGCAGAAGCUUCACGUUUACAGUGGAAAUACGUAUGGACUCGGGACGGAAAUAUCUUCGUGCGCAAGGAACACGGAUCUUCUCGCUAUCGUAUACGUACUGAAACUGACAUAACAAAAAUUUUUUGUUCUUAAUUUUGUUAGCUCGCCAGAUUUGUGUCAGUAUAAAAUUAUCAAUUAAGGUAGCGUUCAAAAAUACAUUAAAAUCUUUAAAUUACUAUUUACACCUUAAUCCCAUCUCUAA